AUGUGUGUGUGUUGCAACUUUGUGCAACAUAAAAAACAAUUAUUGCAUCGGCAUUUUAAAUGAAUAAAUAAAAAUUAAUAAUAAAAAUAUCAACAUGGCAAUAUCAUUUUGUGGUAAAAGAUUAAUUCUUACUCGUAAUUCACUUGUAAAAAUACCAAAUCGUCAUACUGGCUAUAUUAUUCUAUUACCAGAAAUUGGAGAAGAUUUACCAGACAAAGAUCCAUUAUUAAAAGAAGAUGGUUUACCAGAAUUUAAUUCAUUUACAUAUGAAAGAUCAAUAGCAGCAAUUGGAAAACAAACAGUUUUAUAUGAACAAGCAAUUAAAAAUAUUGAUGAUAAUAUUUUAGCAAACAAAGAUAAUUUAAAUAUUGUUGAUGUUGUUAUAAAUCCAUUGGAAGAAAUAAAUGUACCAAUUGAAACAACUUGGGGUAUUGCUAAAACUCUUUUUUUUGGUAAUCAAAGUUUAAUGCCAACAAAAUAUUAUCAAAGUAUAAAUAAACGUAUGACACAAGCAAGAUCAACAAAACAUACAAGUUUACCAAUAUACAAUGCAUGCAAAGAAUAUUUAUCUAAAAACAAUUCAAAUUUAACAUAUGAACAUGAACGUUUGUUAAAAAAAUAUGUAUUAGAAGGACGUUUAAAUGGUCUUGAUAUAACACAUGAUAAAACAAAAAGAUAUUAUGAAAGUACAGCAUAUAAAAUAAACACAAAUAUGAAAGAAUUUAAUGACAAAGUUGAAUUAGCAACAAAAAGAUUUAAAAUAACAAUAAAUAAUCCAUCAAUUGUAUAUGAUUUUCCUGAAGAUUAUUUAAAAAUCAUAUCAAUUGAUAAAAAAAAUUAUAAAAAUGGACCAUGGAAAAUAACACUUGAGCCAAAAAUUGUUGAUAAAUUUAUGGAAUAUUGUCCUGAUCGUGAUUUAAGAUACAAUGUAUGGAAUGGAAAUGUUGGUAGAUGUGCAAUGCACAGUGAAAAUGCACUACGUAAUAGUACAACACUUGAAGAUAUUAGAGAUAAUCGUCAUAGACAAGCUAAAAUAUUAGGCUAUAAAUCAUGGUCACACAUGAGUAUGGAAACAAAAGUUGCUGGUAAUUUAGAUAAUAUAUAUAAUGUUAUGGAUUCAUUACUUGAUACUGCUAGACCAGCACAAGAAAAUGAAUUUAAAGAAUUAACUGAAUUUUCUAAAAAUCAUGGUUUUAAUGAUACCAUACAAGCUUGGGAUGUUGAUUAUUGGAGUAGACAACAUUAUCGUAAAACACGUAAUAUUAAAGAUGAAUUAAUACAACAAUAUUUUCCAUUACCACAUGUAUUAAAUGGUUUAUUUAAUUUAAUUGAAAAAUUAUUUAAUGUUAAAAUAAUUGAAGGUAAAAAAACUGAUGUAUGGCAUUCAGAUGUUAAAUUUUUUGAUGUAUAUGAUUUAAAUAAAUCAACAACAAUACCAAUUGCACAUUUUUAUCUUGAUCCAUAUGAAAGAACGGAUUAUAAAUUAUCAUUAACACAUGAAAAUAGUUGGAUGGUUGGUUUAAAAAGUAAAAGUAAAUAUAUGAAUACAAUACCAUUGGCAUCAUUGAUAUUUAAUUUUAAUCCACCAAAAAAUAAUGAGCCAUCAUUGUUAACAAUAAAUGAUGUAUCAUUAUUGUUUCAUAAAUUUGGUAAUUUAUUACAGCAUUUAUUAACAAAUGUUGAAAAUUCAGAAAUUGCUGGUUUAUCGUCAAUUGAAUGGGAUGCUGUUGAAUUAUCUGGACAUUAUAUGAAAAAUUUUAUAUAUGAAAGUGAUGUAUUAAAAAAUAUAUCAUGUCAUUAUAAAACAAAUGAGCCAUUACCAGAUGAUACUAUUAGAAAUUUAAUAAAUUCAAGAUCACAUAUGGCUGGUUAUAAAUUAUGUAAGGAACUUUAUUUUGCACGUUUUGAUUUAAAACUUCAUGAACUUGAUGAAUUUUGGUUGACAAUUAUGAAACGUUUGUAUAAACAACAUUUUGUUAUGCCAAGAGAUAAAAAUGAAUCAUUUAUAACAUCAUGGAGUGCAAUAUUUACUGGUAAUUGGAGUGCUGCAUAUUAUAGUAAUCUUUGGAGUCAAAUGAUGGCUGCUGAUGCAUAUAGUGCAUUUAAUGAAGUACCAAAUAAUGAUGAUGAUGCUAAAAAAAUUAUAUCACAAAGAUUUAGAGAUACAUUUUUAUCACUUGGUGGUAGUGUACAUGCUGGUGAAGUUUUUCGUAGAUUUAGAGGUAGAGAUCCAAAUUCAAAAGCUUUGUUAAAUAAUCUUGGUCUUAAAAAUGAUAAUACAGAUAUUUAAUUUUUAAAUAAAAUUAAAUAACAACAAUUAAAUAUUAUUUUUUAAAUUUAAUUUAAAAUAAUUACACUUUUAUUAUUUUCUGUAUGACAAAUUAAAUAUUGCAGAGAUUAAUAUGUAUUAUAUUCAUAUAGACUAUCAUCAAUUUCAUCAUCUUGUAAUUUUUUUUUUUUGAAUAUACUAUUGUAAAUCAUAUUUGAUAAUUAUUAAAUUUUAAUAAUAAAUUAAUGGCUAAUAAUUAUAAUUAUUAAAAAUUCAUAUCACAUGAGUUUUUGUGUGGUCUUGAA